ACUGACACUUUAUCAACAUUAGAAACCCAAAAGGCGUGAUUUAAUUUUAAUUGGAUUUUUGGAACAUUGGACGUAUUUUAUUCAGAACAACGCCUUGUCCGGUCUCAAAGUAUUUAUUUUACAAUUACUUAGGCAACAAUUAUUUAAAGUGGACACAUCAAGUCAAAUAUAAUAGUUUUUAAAAUCAAAUUACAAAACUUAAUUUGUAGUUUUUAUUGUUUCCUAUUUAUAUAUCCUGACGACAUGUACAGAAGUAACUUCGACACAAAUAAUGAAAACUUUGAAACAUUUUAUCGAGUAAAUUCUCAUCAUGAUCAGUACUUGGAAGACACAAGUACAAUUAAAGAAGAAGAUGAAAUUUCCAGAUCUCUUAAAAUGUUUGCCAUGUUGACAGCUUAUAAAACUGAGCCAACAACAUCAGACUACCAAGUCGAGGCUAUAAGACAGGAGUUUGCAUGUAAUGGCUUUAGUUGUGAUGAGCUGAGAUAUCAACGCUGUAAUAACGAAUUGUCAAACUUUUCUGAAGGUAGAAAUAAUCUUUGGAAACCGAAAACUUCAAGCAUCGCAGAAUACAAUAGGAAGCAAGCAAAAAAACGUUACAAUAACAACAUGAAAAGUGGAAGAUAUUCUCCAGUUCGGCAUUGUGUUUUCUGUGAAAACAACAAUCAACCACAUGCUGUAGUUAAGAGCCAUAAUGUCCGUGACAUACACGACAAGGUAUUGUGUCCAAAACUUCGAACAUACGUUUGUCCGAUCUGCAAAGCGACUGGCGAUAACGCACACACCGUAAAAUAUUGUCCACAAAAGCCAAUUAUCACAAUGGAAGACGCCAUCAAAGCAGAAUCAUUUCGUUUAGCUAAAAGUAGCUAUUUCAAACACCAAAUGAAGGCCUAAAGAUGACAAACUACAUUAAUCAAAAAAGCGUUUAAAGCGCAUUCGUAUUAAAAGUAUUCUAAUUGUACGCUCAAGCAAGCGUAUUAUACAGAACUGAAUUCAAUUUGACAUAAUUUUUUGUUUUGUAAAUUUUUUUAUUUCGUGUUUUUUCAACACUAGCGAAAAAAGCGUUGAACGCAUUAUUUCGUAACCAGUUGAUUUCAGUGUUUUCAUUUAUCUUGAUUACUUUGAAUUUAUAUUUUUUUUAAUUUCAAUUAAUAUUCGAUUUCGAAAGGUAAUCAUAAUCAAGAUCUACUUUUUAUAACAUAAUACAAAAGUUUUCAUUAUACAUUACAAUCAUGACUAGCUACAAUAGAUUUUUAUA